CGGGUAUACGUGGUUGCAUGACGUACUUUGUUGGAUAAAACUUAAGUCACGUUAUACUUCCGUGCAGGCACGUAUGUCAACGUUAUAUCAGCGAAGAAGCAUAUCUCGUUCGUGUCAGCGAAACCACAAGAGUUCACAAUGACAGUGAUGAUUAACCAACGAACUGCCACGCACAACAAAUGGAUCCCGAGGAUAAUAUUUGCCGCGUUCUUCACGCUCAUCAUACUGGAUAUGCCGACUGUUUGUAGAUUUCACGAACACAGCGAGUCGCCGAGCUACAAGUACUCCAAGGAAGCUAACGAAGUCUACGCGAAUCGACAGCAACAGCAACACGUACAUCGUGAACAACACGAGCACAGUCAUGACGACCAUCAUCACGAUCAUCAUGGCCAUAAACACCCUUCCGCACCGCAGACAAAUAUUCAUCACAAGGAUCACAAUGAUAUAAUUGUAAGAGCUGUUAGUUCAACCUUAAUUAUAUCCGCCGCGCCUUUCUUCAUAUUAUUUCUCGUACCACUGGACAACACAAAGCAACGUGAGUCGUUGCUGAAGAUCUUACUAAGUUUCGCAUCCGGUGGUCUACUGGGAGAUGCGUUUCUUCAUUUGAUCCCUCAUGCACUCGUCCCGCAUUCGCAUGAUUCUUCAGAAAAAGAACAUUCCCAUUCGCAUGUCCACAGCCACGACGAUGGCGACGAAUCCGAGCAUCACAAACACGACAUGUCCGUCGGUUUGUGUGUAUUACUGGGGAUAAUAGUAUUUCUAGUGGUAGAGAAGGCGGUGCGUAUCAUCAAAGGUGAUCAUUGUCAUUCGCAUGUUCACUCUGCUCCUCAAAGAGAAUUGGAAAAGAAGGAGGAUGGCUCAUCAGAAAAGAAGGAGAAAAAGGGAAACAGCGGUAAAGCAGUUACCAAAACACAGGAGACAGCUGGAUCUGACAUAAAGAUUGCUGGCUAUUUGAACCUAGUUGCGGACUUCCUGCAUAACUUUACUGAUGGCCUGGCUAUAGGGGCUAGUUACAUGGCAGGAAAUAGUAUCGGUUAUGUAACAACAUUCACGAUUUUGUUACACGAGAUCCCACAUGAAAUCGGCGAUUUUGCCAUUUUGAUACAAAGUGGAUACAGUAAAAGGAAGGCUAUGAUGUUGCAGUUGACAACUGCUAUAGGAGCUUUGUUAGGAACAUUUGUUUCAUUGUUGGCAGAAGGAAUGGGUGAUCUCGCAACAAAGUGGAUUCUCCCGUUCACAGCGGGAGGUUUUAUUUAUAUCGCCACUGUCUCUGUAAUACCAGAACUUUUGACCGCCACUAAACUUUGGCAGUCGGUGAAAGAAAUCUUCGCGCUUCUUCUCGGAGUAUACAUGAUGGUUCUUAUAGCAAACUAUGAAUAGAGACGUUUUCUAUAGAAUAAUAUUGUGGAUCCCUUGGAAGAAAAUUUCGGUUAAAUGGAUUGUUACAAAAGAUUAGUAUAUUUUUUGCAAGAUAAUUGCAUAUCUUCUUUUUUUGUGUUUUAAAAGAAAAGGUAUGCUAUUUUAAUUUCUUCCAGAAACAAAUACCAGUGAAAUGAAUACCAUCACUUUAUUGCCUACUGUAUCUUUACGAUUAAUAGUUGCAUUUAUAUUUUAGUCAGAUAAACAAAUGAAUAAGAUCACGAAAAUAAGUAUCUUAUAAAAAAGAAAAGUAACACGAAUCUCUGUACAUCCUUUAUUUUUACAUCGGAAAACAUGUCUCUUAGAAUGACAUCUAAACGAAUAUAUUAGAUGUAUGUGUGUAUGUGCAAGAGGUUUUUUUGUACAUUAUGAAAAUAAAUGCGCGAAAAAAAGGAGAAACUUUUGCACACAUCUAGUAAAAAUGACCAGAGUUUACAUUAAAAGACAAUGCUAUUACAUUAGCUAUAUUCUGCAGCUAAAAUAAGUUGUCAUAAAGUAUGUAAACUGAGUACGAUUCGUGUUUAAUAAUCUAAGAAUGUAUUUUUACAUAGAGCGAUAUAACUGCGCACAUGUAUUUGUUCCUAUCUUAUAUACUUAUCUUAAUUAACAAUGUAUUCGGAUUCAUUUACCCUAUGUGUAUAGAAUAUUAUUUGGAUAAUUUAUUAUAUAUUUGAUGGAAAAAUUAGGUAUAAAUAUAAGUUAUUACUUGCAUAAUUUUAUACAAUUAUAGUCAGAUUAAAUCUAAAAUAUAAUUCAAUUGUAAUUAUAUAC